UUUUGUUUGUUUCGGCUCUUUUGAAAAUUUUCUGUAACACGCCCUUUUUUUCUGUAAGUGUUACAUUUGACAAGCAUUUUAAGAACGACGGAACCUUUGAGCUCAAUAUAUAUGAAAUGUUUGUAACCAUUUAUUUAGUUUAGACAUUUAGGAGUUUACAGUGUGUCACUUUCAGUGUUCUAGCGACUAAAUACCCAAGCAAGCUUUUCGGCUGCGCGUGUGUGACGUCACAACACGCAAGGCGUGUUGCGAACGGAUAAAACCACGCUGUCUCGUGAGGCCGAAAGAUACUCAUUGUCGAUAUCAGGAAGAAAACGUGGGUAAGAAAUAAGGAAAACAUCUUGCUAAUGUUUAGUAGUUAAAAUACUUUGCCAUUUAUAAUAUAGAAACAAAAACCUACUGUUUUGGUCAGUUUAAUCUUAUCUUUAAGAAAACGAGAAGCAAUCAUGACCUUGGAGAAAAACCCGGAAGGAGACAGUGACUUGAGCCCCCCUAUUCCCAGGGCUACUUUGUUGGGCCAUGUCUCCUACCUACGGAGUGCUCCUGAUCUCCUGAAACUAAACCAGUAUGAAGCCACGUGCCGCCCUGGUCGUGGAGGGUCACUCAGCGUCAGUCCAGGAACAAAGUUGACCGUGUCACGAGCCAGCAGUCCUCAACCCAGGGGCAUAAGCCAGAACUCGCUGAAACAAGAUAACACCGUUGGCCGGUCUCAGUCUAUGAGAACAGCUCAAAGACCUAGGUCUUUGGAGCCUAAUAAUCGUUUUCGGCAGCGAAUCGCUAGUAUUCCAGUAGAUAUGGCACUUCAACUAGACCCUAAUCUAACCACCCGAUCCUCCUCUGAUCAAUCCCUACUUCUGCCAGUCGAGUUGAGUGACUUCGAGAGACUCAGAAACUUUUCCGUGACAUCCAAAGGAGUGAUAAAUCGCGGGGACUCUUUCCGCUCCAAGUCUCGGAGCAAUCAUAGUAUCUCGUCUGUCGGAUCUCAGCCUCCCCAUAGCAACAUCACACCACCCUCUACUCCCAACUUGUCGUCAGUAGCUUUCCCUGGUGCUGAGACUCCGGAUGUGCCCCCUGUUAUUAUCACCGAGAGCGUCCGAUACCGAGUGUUAAUCACUGGCAGCCCAGAUGUCGGGAUAUCCUCUCUUACGUCCCAGUUCCUGACGUCUGAGUACAUCUGUGCUUACGAAACCUCCCAAGCAGAAGAGAAUGAGAAGUCAGUGACCAUAGUUCUUAAUGGACAAGAGACAGAGUUGCUUUUUGUGGAACAUUCACUUCUAGAUAUCAUGCAGUCGCAGAUACUUCCGGAAACUUCUAAUCUUGAUGCUUUUGCUGUCGUUUAUUCCGUGACCAACAAACAUAGCUUUCAGCAAGCUAAGAACUUACUUCAACAGAUCUGUGAAACCGCGAGCAUCAACAACAAAGCUGUCGUCCUCGUCGGCAACAAGAGUGACCUAGUUAGACUGAGAGUAGUCACAAGUGAUGAGGGCCGAGCCGCAGCGACAUCUUUUAACUGCAAGUUCAUAGAGACUUCAGCAGGAAUAAACCACCACGUAGAUGAGCUCCUGGUAGGUAUUCUAACUCAGAUUCGGUUAAAACUGCAGCACCAGGAGAAAAUAAGUGAAAAAAAGGAAAAACCCAAAAAUCAUUCAUCAUCAGUGUGCACCGGAAAAGCUAAAGGUUUUAUCAAACGGAUUCUGCGCAAGGCUUCAACCAAGUCCAAAUCAUGUGACAAUUUACAUGUUUUGUAAAAUAGAUUAAAUGUACUUCGUAAAUGCUUUGAAAAAUUAUUAUGGUUAUUUGUUUGUCAGGAUCUGCGAUGAUCACAGUAUAUUGAAACAACUGAACGUCUAUAUCUACAGUAAAAAAUUGGUAAUAAGUUGUAAUAAUCGGGUCGUUUUAGCUCGUUAAAUACUUGUGUAACUAGGAGUAACCAUAAUGUUUGGAAGAAAACCUUAGAGAUAUUCAGAAAUAAUUUCCAUCAAACAAAACAGAGGCGUAGCCAAGGGAGGGCCAAAGGGGGUCCCCCCCUGAAAUACGAAGGCAUAUUGAUCACAUAUUAUUU